CAGCCUGGACAUCGCUCUGUGUACGGCCGGUGAGGACCGGAGAGGGAUCGGCCGAUGGAAUAUGAGCGACCGGAGCCCCGACCCCAGCUCUGCUCCUCACCGGCUCCCUGUAUGGCAGUGACUGCUCCAUGCCAUCCUCCAGGAUGACACGAGAUCGGAGGCGUCAUGGUGGUCCUGAGCAUCGUCCUCCUCCCCCCAAGAAAGCACCAUCCCCUCCUCCUACUGGCCGGGCGUGGAGCAACGUUGUGCUGGUUGCCAUCUUGUCCUCUCUCAUUGGGAUUUGUGCCUUUGGAUACAGUGGUUACGUAAAGUGGAGUCUGGCCAUGAGGGUGGUGACCCUGCACCCCUCGCCCACCAUCCUGACGCCCAACAGUAGCUCCCCCGCCAUUUCCCCUGAAUUGUUCUGGGGCUCGUACAGACCACAGGUCUACCUGGGUAUGAAGACGCGGAGUCCACGAUCUGUGGUCACAGGGCUGAUGUGGCUCUCGCAGUCAGGAUCCCCAUCUCUCCGUCACACUUGUGAACAGGGCGAUGGUCUGGCGCGGUACGGCUGGCUGAUGCACGAUGGGGUGAACUUUGGUGUACAGGAAAUUAAGGACAAGGCCUUCACCUUGAGGACGGAGUUUGUGAAGAGACCUGGAGGAAGCCAUGGAGGAGACUGGAGCUGGAGGAUCAUGGGGACCCCAGAUGAUCCGUCUUCCUCAUCACAGCUGGUAUCCAUCAUGUUCUAUGUGGCCACAGAUGGUCAGGGCUCACUGACCCCUCGUAUGGAUGGCAGAGAUCACCUGGACUCGGUAACAGGAACAUCGGAGGAACUUGGGAGGUUUACCAUCCGAUUUCCCAAACCAGAAGGAGGCAGUGGUGGACAUAUAAGCUAUAACCACCUGGUAACCUCUUGCCCUGGACUUCACCACAUCACAGAUGUAGUGCGGAGUAGUAUGAGGGACCGCUUUAACCACCCCGCAGCCGGUAGCAGUGGCAAGCGACGUUACUUCGGCCUCGAUACCUAUCAUCCCCCAUCCCAACCUGGCUCGGACCACUCGCACGUCAUAUUUCACCAGGUCACCAUGUAUCUUCCUGGUCAGAUUGAGAUCCUGUUUGAGUCGGACAGCUUCACGCAGCGGCCGGGACCACUUUCUGGCGCUGCUUUCACUGCUGAGUUGGAGACGCACAAGAAAAAUAUGGAGGAACGUUUCCGGGAAAAGUUCCAUCUGGAGGAGAAAGGCUUCAUACUGGAGCAGGUGUCCUUCGCUCAAGCUGCUUUGUCGAACAUGCUGGGGGGUAUGGGCUAUUUCUAUGGCAGCUCCUUAGUCCGGUCGCGGUACAAUCUAGAACCAGUCUCUUAUCCUCCAGCCCCUCUGUAUACUGCUGUCCCGUCCCGUUCAUUCUUUCCCAGAGGCUUCCUGUGGGACGAGGGUUUCCAUUUGUUACUUGUUGCUCGCUGGAACCCCACAUUGGCCUGGCAAUCCCUGGCGCACUGGCUGGACUUGAUGAACGCAGACGGUUGGAUUCCUCGUGAGCAGAUUCUGGGACCUGAGGCUCGCAGUAAAGUGCCGGCUGAGUUUAUAGUUCAAUGGGAUGAGAAUGCCAACCCUCCCACUUUGUUCCUGACCCUACGGCAGCUGCUGGCAUCUGGGACAGUGUCACCACAGGGGCUGCAGUUUCUUCGCAGAGCCUUCCCCCGUUUACAGACCUGGUACGACUGGUUCAAUGGCACUCAGGCUGGGUCUCUCCCAUAUACUUACCGCUGGCGUGGAAGGGACCGGGACACAUUGCGUUUCCUGAACCCCAAGACUCUGACAUCUGGCUUGGAUGACUAUCCUCGAGCAUCGCACCCAUCUGAUGAUGAACGUCAUGUGGACCUGCGGUGCUGGAUGGCUUUGGCAUCUGAAGUCAUGGCCACCAUUAGUAAGUUACUUGGAGAGGACGGACAGCGGUAUAAGGAGUCUCACAUGGCGCUGACAGACAACACUUUAUUGGACAAGCUCCAUUGGUCUGAGAGGCUUGGAGCAUAUGCGGAUUAUGGUAACCACACACAGAACGUAGCGCUGGAAUGGGAGCGACCUCGGCUGGUUCCUGGACAAGAUCCCCGCAGUGUCCCACCCCCAAGAUUAAUCAGAGUUGUGAGAAAACCCCCAAAAUUGCAGUUUGUGAGUGCCCUUGGAUAUGUCUCCUUGUUCCCCUUCGUUCUACAGGUAUUAUCUCCAGACUCCCCCAAGCUGGGGCGCCUAAUGGAUCACGUGAGAGAUGCAGACAGGUUGUGGACUCCGUAUGGUAUUCGAUCUCUGUCGAAGAGCAGUCCUUUGUUUAUGCAGCGUAACACAGAGCAUGACCCCCCAUACUGGAGGGGCCCUAUAUGGAUUAAUCUUAACUAUCUUUUGGUCAGAGCCUUGCACAGGUACAGUCAGAUGGAUGGACCAUAUCGAGAGCGCGCAGUAGGCUUGUACCGGGAGCUCCGCAUCAACCUUAUCUCCAAUCUGUACAGGCAGUACAAAGAGAGUGGCUUCUUGUGGGAACAGUAUAAUGACCAGACAGGUCGAGGACAAGGCUCUCACCCAUUUACAGGCUGGACUUCACUGAUUGUGCUGGUGAUGGCUGAGGAAUAUUGAAGAAAAACAAUUGAUGUGAGGCCCUGUGCACAGAGCCACCAGUAUCGGAGAAGUCUUCUCGAAGGAGCAGUGCUCCCUUCAUGUACCAUGAUGCUUGACAUGUGGCAUCUCUGAAUCAUUUAGAUUCCAUUGGUGCCCUAUAGCGUCUCUGGAAUAGAGCCAUGUGCAUGAGGCCUUACUGGGGGAGGGAGUGGGGGCAGGCAUAGGUGCAGCCGUCUUGGGUUGUGGAAAUAAAGCCAGAAGAACUAGGAGGAGAUGGAUCUUGUUCAUACUGUGAUCAUGUGUAUCAGAUGGGAGUUGAGGGAUCUGGUUCCUACUGUGAUCAUGUGUCCCAGAUGGGAGUUGAGGGAUCUGGUUUAUAUUGUGAUUAGAGAUGAGCGAACUUACAGUAAAUUCGAUUAGUCACGAACUUCUCGGCUCGGCAGUUGAUGACUUUUCCU